CCCCGACCGGCGGCUGGAUAGGUCCCUGUUGCGAGGCCGGAUCCAGAGAAGCUAAAGGCAGUCGGGCUCGGGGAUGUCGAUGAGCUGCGGUAGCCAAGACGCUCUUCACUCUAGAAUUCUAAGACCCCCCGGGGCCACGAUAGAACCUGGGGCGCCCCUCGAGUAGCCACGGACCCUUUCCGUGCAGAACCGUGGGGUUGCGGACAGGUGCAGAGCCCCGCCUCGCCGGGAGCGUCUGUGACCCCAGGACCCGCUUGCGCGCUGCGCCCCCGCGGCCGUCUCCGCGGGUUCCGCAGGGAAGGUGCGCACCGGUUGGCACCAUGAUCGUUGCCGACGCGGAGAACUGCGCCGGAAUCCAGGGCUAUAUCCCCUACGCCCAGUGUAGCGGCGCAGGGGCCACGGAGGAGCAGAAGAUAGUCCCUACUCGGAGACUCCCCCGGGGUCCCAGUGCCUUCAUCCCAGUGGAAGAGGUCCUGCACCAGGGGCCAGAGGCCAUUGAGCAUCAGCUGGGUCUGGAGGUUUUGGCCUCUGGACGGCCAGACAAUGUCAUGCUGGUGAUGGGCCUGCACCCCGACUACCUCAACAGCUUCUGGAAGAUGCAGGGCCUGCUGUUGCUAGUGGACGGACCCCUGCCCUGCCCCUGGAGGCACUACAUUGCCAUCAUGGCCUCCGCUCGGCAUCAAUGCUCCUACCUGAUCAGCUUCCACAUGGCUGAGUUCCUGCAGGUGGGCGGAGACCCUGAGUGGCUCCUCGGUAUCCACCGGGUCCCCCAGAAACUCCGAAACCUCAACGAGAUCAACAAGUUGCUGGCCCAUCGACCUUGGCUCGUCACCAAGGAGCACAUUGAGGCUCUUCUGACCACUGGCGAGCACAGCUGGUCCCUGGCCGAGCUCAUCCAGGCAGUAGUCUUGCUCACCCACUAUCACUCCCUGGCAUCUUUCGUCUUUGGCUGUGGCAUCCUCCCUGAGGGGGAUCCAGAGGCCAACCCUGCCCUCCAGGUUACCUCACCAUCCAGUGGGCAGAGCAGUCCUCCCAACGGAGAUUCCCUUGGCAGUUCUGGGGGCUUUGAUGCUGUUCGGGAAGUUGAGGCCUUGAUGGAGCGCAUGAAGAUCCUGCAGGAAUGCCAGCUGCAAGAAGAGGCAGCCUCCCAAGAGGAGAUGGAGAGCCGCUUCGAGCUGGAGAAGUCUGAGAGCCUGCUGGUAGCUCCCACAAGUGACAUCCUAGAACUUACUCCAUCCCCUGAUGUCCUGUGCUUUGUGGAAGAUCCCACUUUUGGGUAUGAGGACUUUACUCGGCGAGGCAGCCAGGCGCCUCCAACCUUCCGAGCCCAGGACUACACCUGGGAAGACCAUGGCUACUCCCUGAUCCAGCGACUCUACCCAGAGGGAGGACAGCUACUGGAUGAGAAGUUCCAGGUGGUGUACACCCUCACCUACAACACCAUUGCCAUGCACAGCGGUGUGGACACCUCUAUGCUCCGCAGGGCCGUCUGGAACUAUAUCCACUGUGUCUUUGGCAUCAGAUAUGAUGACUAUGAUUAUGGGGAGGUGAACCAGCUCUUGGAGAGGAGCCUCAAGGUCUAUAUCAAAACCGUCGCCUGUUAUCCAGAGAAGACAACCAAGAGGAUGUACAAUCAUUUUUGGAGGCAUUUCCGGCAUUCUGAGAAGGUCCAUGUGAAUCUGCUACUGCUAGAGGCUCGGAUGCAAGCAGCCCUCCUCUACGCCCUCCGUGCCAUCACUCGCUACAUGACCUGAUGGUGGGCAUCAUGACCCUCCCAGCUCCGGACUGGACACUACUUUUGCUGGGAGGGCCGGCUUCCUUUCUAACCUACUGACUAUUGGUCUCUGCCCAUAUCACAUUCCCUCUCUGUCCCACUGGCUGCAAUCUGGUCUUGUCUGUGAAACCUUGGAAAUCAAGUGCCUCUGGGCCCCCCACUCUUCUCCAUCCCUUUCCUCCACCCCAGUGGAACCAAAAGGACCUCUCUGUCUGCUCUGGGCUCCCAGCCCUGCUGCUGGGAGCUGAAGUGGGAGACAGGGACCAUCUAGGCCAUGCUCUCAUCCUUUCUUCCCUCCCUCCGCCUUGGAAACACAUGACCUCCUCCAUCACCAAGGUCAAGGAGAAGAAGUCACUACAAGGAGGACUGUUCUAAGCUCCAGCUUCCUAAGAGAGACCACCCCCCACUUUCACCCUGCCUCUCUUACCUGCCACAGGAAGGUGUGUACUGGAUUCAGUGGACUAGGGCUCCUGGAUGGAGAGGAAACAUCACAACCUGGGGUAGCACCAACACUAAAUUGGGCUGACACUCCAUGGCGCUGGGGGAGCGGGGGCAUGCCAGGGCCCCUGCCCCCAAAGCCUAUUCUUCUAGCCCUGUUACCCUAAGGAGCCUGGGAAGUCAGAGGGAUUAUAUGUGGAUCCCUGGAUCUGUUUUCGUGAUUGCCCUUCACCCUGCCUUGUUUCCCUUCCCCCACUGCUGGCAGUGGGGAUCCCCAGAAGAGAUCAAGGCAGGAGGGGGAUAGGAAGAAGAUUGAUGGGGAAAUUUGCUUAUUUGAGAGGAGGAAGGGAGUAGAUGCUCUUUCCUUUCUUUCCUUGAGACCUGAAUGGGAAGGGAUGUGAAGAAAGUCUCCUUCAGGAUUGGCUUCAUCCAUCCCUACUUGACCCGUGCCUCAGGAAACUGGACUUUGAAUAGGAUAUGUUCUGCCCAGAGCAGCCAGGCUCUGCCAAAAUUAGCACCUUGACCUCCUGCCUCCCUCUUCCCUCCCCUGCCCCCCCCCUUCCUUCCCUUGUUGUGUUUACUGAAAGGAUGGUUUUGGGGAACAGAGUUGACAGCACAGUAAAAGUGUUGGGUUGGGGAAAUCUGAGUUCCCUGGCCCCACUUUGCCACUGGUUAGCUGUGUAACUUUAGGCUUAGGCCACGACCCUCCCUGAGUAUUAGUUUCCUCACCUACUAAAUGGGAACCCUUUUGGUUCCAGAAUUUAUAAUCGAUCUAUACUGCUUCCAAAUAGAAGCAAGCCCAGAGGUCCUUAAGACCCUAAAUUCUCCCUUCCUUAGCCAAGAAGGAGGGGAACCUGUAUGGAUCCCCUGAGACCCAUGUCCCCACCCUGCUCCACACCCCUGUGCCCCGGGGUCCAGGCACCCUCAGAAGGGCCAGAGCCAUUCUACAUUGCACUUUCUCUGAUAUGAAAACUGUGAAUUGCCUGCCAUCUUUCCCCAUCCUUGUGCUCUGCCUCUUACUGCUGGAUGCUUGGGAGGUGUCAGAAGUUGCUAUCGUUCAUAAAUAAAGCUGCUGUUCCUGCUCCACUCCCUCUGCAUCCCUCCCCCCAUCCCAUCGGCAGGACCCCUCAUCCAUGCUGAGGGUCUUGCUAGGGGGAAGGAAAUGAGCGGGGGACGGUGGGGAGCUGUGGGCCGGAUGUGCCACUCUCAC